CGGUUUUGCUUCCUAACCUGUCCCAUACUCCUCUGCAUGUUAAAGACAAACACAUCGAGCGACAAAACAUAAUGCAGCAGGAUAUAGCAGCAGCUGAUAUGGCGCCUACUCAUCCAAUUAGGCUCGGUCUUGCCUUGAAUUUCUCUGUGUUCUACUAUGAGAUCCUCAAUUCUUCAGACAAAGCUUGUAACAUGGCUAAACAGGCUUUUGAAGAAGCCAUAGCUGAGCUUGACACAUUGGGAGAAGAAUCAUACAAAGACAGCACUCUCAUUAUGCAGUUGCUGAGGGACAACCUUACCCUUUGGACCUCCGAUAUGCAGGAGCAUAUGGACGAGGCGUGAGGAAGGGAGAGUGUUAUGCGUCAGUCAUGUUACCGCCACCAAUUUAGAACUCAAAAUCCCCAUAACCUUUGCUGAAAACUGUGACAAAAAUAUUAUGAUGAGUAUGUGCAGUUUUGUGAUUUUUAUCUUCUCUAUUAAAAACUCUUCUCAAACUAUGUUCUCUAACUUGGAUCUGCCUUCCAGCAAAGACAUCCUUGUAUACAUACUCGAUUAUGGGCUCGUCUACGGUCAUCG